AUGUCAGACUCGACGCCGCCGCAGAACUCUCGAUUCACAGCGCAGGCGACGGCGACGUCGCAGCGCCUCUCCUCCAAUACAGUCGGUCUCGUCAGCGCCUCCGACUACCGCAAACGACGCGCCGAACUGCUCGACCAGCAGGACCGCGAGUCGCGCGAAGCCUCAGCAACAGGCACUGGGACGAGCACCGGGGCAGAUACCACGCCUGCCGACAGCGAGGCUGAUAAUGGAAGCGCAGAGCCUGUGAAAAAAAAAGCCAAGAAGAAGAACAAGGGGAAGAAAUUGCUCUCUUUCGAUGAUGAUGACGAGGACGACGAUGACGGAAAAAGAGACACGCAGGAAGACAGCGGUAAAGAUGGCGAUGGAGGGGGCAGCGAAAACAAAUUCAAAGCCAACGCCUCGGUCAAGCUCGUACCCAAGGCCAUGACGAAAGCAGCCCUGCGCAAAGAAGCCACCCAGCGCGAGGCCCUGCGCAAAGAGUUCCUCAGCAUCCAGGACGCCGUCAAGAAUACGGAGAUUGCCAUACCCUUUGUCUUCUACGAUGGCGCCGACAUCCCCGGAGGCACGGUCCGUGUCAAAAAGGGCGACUUUGUGUGGUUCUUUCUGGACAAGAGCCGAAAGGUCGGUGCAGACAUGGGCGUCGGCGAAACGGCAAACGCAGCGAGAGCGUGGGCUAGAGUAGGCGUGGACGAUCUGAUGCUCGUGAGAGGGAGUAUCAUAAUUCCUCAUCACUACGACUUUUACUACUUCCUGGUCAACAAGUCCACCGGCCCCGGGGGCCAGCGCAUCUUCAGCUACUCCUCCGAUGCGCCUCCCACCCCCGUUGCUGCGGCGCCCGCGGCCCCAGAGGGCCUGUCCACUGCGGAGUCGAAAACGGCGGCCAUCAAGGCAUUGCCUGACGUCAAGACGCUCGAGGGCGCCAACGACGAUCCCACGUUGACAAAGGUGGUCGAUCGUCGCUGGUAUGAGCGCAACAAGCACAUCUUUCCCGCCAGCACGUGGCAGGACUUUGACGCGGGCAAGGACUAUGCCAAGGAAGUCAGGCGCGAUGCGGGCGGGAACACAUUCUUCUUCUCGAGGUGA